GAAAAUCCAAGCAGAGAAGAGAGCCAUCAUUUUCAUUUACCCGACAAGAUGAGCCAGGGACAGCCAAGUAGGCCACAAGAAUCAGCUCAAGGCGAGAACCAACAAGAGCCGAUCAAAUACGGUGACGUUUUCAACGUCAGCGGCGAGCUCUCCGACAAGCCUAUCGCUCCUCAAGAUGCGGCCAUGAUGCAGACGGCCGAGACUCAACUCAUCGGUCAGACCCAGAAAGGCGGAACCGCCGCCGUGAUGCAAGCUGCUGCCACGAGGAACGAAAAAGUCGGCUUCGUGGGCCAUAAUGAUAUCACUGACAUCGCUGGAGAACAAGGCGUCAGCGUCGCCGAAACCGAUGUUGCCGGCCGCCGUAUAAUCACCGAGUCAGUUGCCGGGCAGGUUGUUGGACAAUACGUUCAAGCCGUUCCGGUCCUAACAACCCAAGUCGGAGCUGUUCAGCAAAGUGCAAUAACUAUAGGAGAAGCACUCGAAGCCACCGCCAAAACCUCCGGCGAUAAACCCGUCGAUCAAAGCGACGCUGCCGCCAUCCAAGCAGCUGAAGUCAGAGCAACAGGUUCGAACGUCAUAAUCCCCGGCGGACUCGCUUCGACGGCUCAGUCCGCCGCCGCUCACAACGCAACCCUGGACCGCGACGAGGAUAAGAUCAAGCUGAAUCAAGUUUUAAUGGGUGCGACGGCGGGACUACCGGCGGAUAAAGCGGUGACGAGGCAGGAUGCGGAAGGGGUGGUGGGUGCAGAGCUGAGGAACAGUCCGAAUGUGGCGACACAUCCGGGAGGAGUGGCGGCGUCUGUUGCUGCAGCCGCUAGGCUUAACGAGAAUAAAAUUAGUUGUCCCUUAUUCCCAUAUAUAAUGAGAUAAGGGGAGGUAAGAUAG